CAAAAAGGGGUGGGGCUGGAUGGUGCAGCUAGCUAGGGGCGGUGUUGUCGAUUGUGCAUUGACGCCCUUUAGUUCAAGUAGCCAAUGAAGUCUCGUUACCAGUUACUUGUUUCCAAAGAUAAACAAUGCAGGCUGUUGCUGUUCGCCCUGGUACCAUUAUUCACUUUUGCUGCCAUAUUAUCUUUAGGAAUUAGUGCAAUCCCAUGCUUUAGCUCACAAAUCAUCACUUUAAAUUUCGGAGACACAUCAGGAAAGUAUGGUGCAGAGGUUAUCUCUAUUUAUUCUACAGAAGCUUCCUCUUACACCUUUCGCAUGGUCAACUCCAGCAAUCCCGCCAUCAGUAAAGCUGUGGUCUUCACUUCAUCUGCAAAACCGUCACUUUCCUUUGUGAGUUUAACUGAAACCUUCAAGUUGGAAUCAAAGCAGUCUCUUGAGCUACCAAAUAAAAGGUUUCGUACAGGAUGCAAUUUUUUGAUGUAUGAUGAGCCUAUCUAUCUCCUUCCUAAUUCUUUUUUGAAAUAUACACCUACAAACACAACAAAUAGUAUCCAAUUGUGUUUAUUCACUCAAAGGGAGCAGUACGUUCAGUUUUUAACAGAUGGUCAUUUUAAUUGUCCGCAAACCUUCAGAAAUAGUACUAGAUCUAGUCCUUCAGUUCUGUUUCAUAUCAGUGAAGCGUCCCUGUAUUAUGUUGCCAUUGAAGCUAAUUCUAAUCUCUCAGCAGCUUUACCUAUUAAUAUUACAGUCAAUCGUAGCUACUAUGACACUUCCAAACUACAUAACCUCUCAUCAAGUGACUGUAACAACCCCUUAACUCCUGGAUCUGUCUGUGAGAUGAAGCUUUGUGAUCACUAUUUGACCUGCCAAAAUUCUGCAAUAAAUUACAUAGCAUUUCAAUCAACUGAGCCCGUUUUGCUGGAAUACACAAUAUUUGAAACGUUUUGGCUCUCAUGGAAAAAAAGAAUAAUCAUUUUCACUAUGGCAGCAAUUUUUGUUACUGUGGCUUCCAUUACCAUAUUUGGAGUAGUGGUCUGCCUCUGUUGUUACAGGUGUUCAAAAGGAACUCAGAAUAAAAGCAUUAAUGUCAUUACAUAUGUGCCUAAUAAAAGAGGCAUUCUAUGUCGUUAUGACAGAUGCUGUUUUAUUUGGCAGGGCGCAGCAGUCACAGCAUUUAUUUUAGCAUUCAUUACCCUCUUUAUUGCUUUACAAUUCAAUUCAGUGGAAUCUUUGUCAAACACUACUAAAACAGUUACAAUUGAUAAAAAUCCUACUUUAGUGGGUCAGGUGCAGUCGAUGUCAUCUAUUAAAAUUACUCAAAUCUUUUCUGUUGCAGAAACUGUAAGUGUGUUUAAAUUACCUUGUAGCCUGGUAAACACUUCUUUUGCUUCCAUUUUUCAAACGCGCAAAAUUCGAGCUAGUCACAACUCUAAUUCAUCUCGAUAUGGUUUCAAUUAUGAUUAUAGUAUUCCAUUAGUUUUGUCAAUGGGAUCAGAAAUUACAUACAUUGUCACAAAUAUUGCUUCAUCAUCUCCAAACUUGACAGAGACAUGUUUACGUUUUGUAUUAAUGAAUUCACAUGACGCUUACAAUGAAUUUUUGAAUUUGCCUGACUACUACAACUUUACAAGGUAUGUUUCACGUUCAGAUUGUCUACUGGAAAAUAAAAAUGUAACUUUUAACAUUGACCAAGUACAAGGAAUCUAUUAUGUUGGUGUAGAAAUACCACAGUCAGUAUCAGAAAUCAGUGCCAUAGUAAAUGUUGCUCACACUUACUUUGAACUUUCUAAUUCAGACAAAGAAUGUUCAAACUUGUCAAUUAAGAGUCCAAACUGUUCUAUUCAUAUUUGUAACAAGUGGAUGUGCCUUAAUAACAAACAAAAUAUUUGUAUUUUUGCCAACUCAACCAGCCCUGAUGAAUUGACAGUUGACACACAACCAGUCUUAUAUGGUGGUGGAUUAACAGUGUACUUAAUCAUACUAUCCAUGUUUCUACUUCUUUUGGGUGUUUCUAUCCUAGUUAUUUUGCUAAUAAUAUGUGUUUACAUCAAUUGUUGCUCAACUUUUAUUAAAUAUUUAGUUUCACUGAAAAAAGGAAAAUUAUGUAGAUCUAUUUUAAUUGGCAUCUUUUUAUUGGCAACAUGCCUAAUACUAGUGGGAUCUCUUACAUUACUUUUAAUCAACCCAUGGAAAUUUUCUGAUUAUGCAGUAGUAGCAGAUCAAAAAGGAUUUACGAUGCUGCAUCAAAAUCUGAGCUCAUUCACAUCAUCUGAAAUUGAUGUUGACUUAAAUAAUGAAAAUGGUAACUCAAGUAUUGAAAUAUAUGCUGUUCCUUGGAAUAAUAUUUCUGUUCUUCAUGAGACAGUACAUAGUUACGUUAAUUGCUCAAGUUUUCCAUGCAUUAUUAGCAAGUAUCUUUAUGUCGUCAGAUCUGAAAAAACUGAUUUUAAUUACACAAUCAAGAUGGUAUCAAAGCCUAAUGAUACUGGUCUUCAAUUUUGCUUUUCCAUUUUUGAUGACGAGACAAAGUACAAUUAUUUUAUAUCAAAACAAACAUAUCAACCUGCCAAAAGCAAAUUAUUUAACAGCACUAAUAGCAAAUCACUUUUCUUUAGAUUUUCUGGUUCUGAUAUGAAGAAGUCUGCAGCUUAUUACUUUACUCUUGUGCAUUUUGCCUAUCCAUUUGAUUACUUAAGCAGUAUUCAUGAUUACAGUGUUCAAGUUGAAGUUUCAUUUAAUGCAUCAAUUGGAUAUUACAUGUUACCAUUUAGUACAAAACCAGUUCUUAAUGAUAGAUCUAGUGAAGGACAAAGCUUUAAUUUUCAAAACAGUAACUCUAUUCUUGCAAAAUAUAAUGGUUCUACAGUCGCUCACAUUUACCUCAAGAAUGGAAACCUCAUUGAUGCUACUCUUGGUAUUGUUUUUAUUUUAAUAAUUGCUCUGACUGCAGUACUGCUAAUAGUGUUCACAAUUAUUAUUGCACUAAGCAAAGCAUGUUUAAAUUUUCUUCCACAAAAGAAUGACCAGGAACCUCUUUUGCAAUCAAAUUCUAUACCUAGUGUGGCUGCCCAAAAUAAUCAAAAUUUUUUUAUUAUUACGCAACAAAGAUUGCAUGAUGUCAAUAGAAGUCAAGAUUCCAUUGAAGGUUAUCGUAAUUAUAGUUAUGCUACAGAUGAAGGAGUUGAUUCUGAUACUGAUGCUACUGACAGCCCAAUUGUUUUUAAAAAACCUACAAUAAGAACACGAAGACAAGAGGCUUGCACUUUUUCAGAUCCAGAGAGUGGCUAUUAUUCAACAGAUGAUCGAAGGAGAUACCUUUCUUCAGCAACAGCACAUAGACAAGGAAGAAGAUUAAUAGAUUAUACUUCUUCAGACAGUGAUUCAACAGCUGAUGAUUGCACGAGAGGUAGAACUACAGAAAAUACAGGCAGAAAACACGCAUUAAGUGACAUAAAAGAAAGUAGUAUAACUCACUCAACAACACCUGCUGAAACAAAGGCAAUUUUACCGACAUUAGAAACAAGCAAACAAUCCAAGCUUUCUGAUGUUGGAUGUGCUAAUCUUGAAUGUAAAGAUAAAGUCAAUACAUUACAUUUUGAAGAUAAAGGAAAUGAUACAGGGGAAGCUAAUUUUAGAAAAACAGAGUCAGUUUACAAACAGCAAUUAAAGCCUGAAAAUGUUUUACUGGAUAGAAAAUUUCAAGCUAUAGAAAAUGUUUUUGGUAAGUUAAUUAAGUUAAAAUUACAAGCUAAUGAUGGUUUAAUGCAUCAUUGUGAUCAAUCUGGCAUAACUCUUGUUAUUCCAGAGGGAGCAGUACAAGAGUCAACUACUGUAUGGUUUGGAGCAUGUCUGCUCAGUGAUAAGUUUAAGUUUGGUGAUUAUGUACCAGUCACUCCUAUUGUAUGGGUACACAUUGACAGAAAGCUGGAUAAAUGUGCUGAGCUGUAUAUUCCUCACGAUGUUGUCAUUUCUAGUGAAGAUAAUUUACAGCAGUUCACCAUACUAACAGCACAUGAUGAUGAAUGCUCUGAUGUUAUAAGUUUCCGAGAGAAUGAUGCAUCAAAACUCGAACUUGCAUCUGGAUCACAAAUUUUUAAAAUUUCAUCACCUCAUUUUUGCUCUAAUUGUGUUGCUGUCCAGAAAAGAGCAUACAAAGCCAUACCCAGGAGGUAUUUAAUAGCACAAGCUGAUAAGAAAAUUGGCAGCAGAGAAGAACUAUUGGUGCAAUUUAUUUUUUUAUGCCAACUACAAGGUUGCAAAAAGGUUGUUGAAGAUCAGUGUGAUAAAGAAGAAUACAGAAAUAUAUCUUGGAAACCAGUCACAUUUACAGGUGCUGGUCAAGUAUCACUAUCUUUUGAGCCACAUAAUGUUUCUGGUUGGAAAAUAGAAAAGGUUGGACUUUUUACAAACUAUAUUUCUACAGAAGAUAUUGAUUAUUAUCAAAUGAUGGGUUGUAAAAAUGCUGCAGAAGUGACUGAAGAUGAAUUUGAGCGGCUAAAGUUGUUAGAAGACAUUUGCUCUUAUCCUCCUCGUUUCAAAAUACAGUUUAAACCAAAUGCAGCAGUGAAAAGAAGCCAAAAAGUGAUAGUUCAAUUCAAUCAAGUUCACCCUCCAGUAAACAGCACAAUCCUGUUAGAAGGUUCCAAAGAAUUAUCUCCUUCCCUCUCUUCAUCUACAAGUACUAGUACUGAGUCCAGCAUUGAUCAAAUGACAUACGCAAAUGAUCCUUUGCUUGGGGACUGUCUAUAUAUUGUUACAAGUGAAGGAGAUCUAGGAAAAAAAUGGUUUUAUUUUGGAUCUAGAUUAGGUCUAACUUAUGGUCAGCUUCGAAAUAUUGAAUUAUUGACAAGCACUGACUUUACUCAAUGUACGAGAGAAGUCAUAAUUCACUGGAGAGAUCAAAAUAGGUCAGAAUCAUGGAAACCUUUAGCAGUAGCUCUUGCUAAAAUUGGAUUUAAAGAUCUAGCACACAAAGUCAAAAAUCAUUUUAAUCCACCUUCUGUACUUGAAUCAGAACCUGAAGAUAAAGAAGAUGACUAUAAAGGAGUUUAUUGUAAUCUUUGUGAAGAAUACCAUCUUAAACCUGAAAACAUUCAACAAGAAGUGCCAAACAUUAACUCUCCUCCUGAUAUGGUUGAUCUUAUUAACUUGGUAGCAGCAAAGAUUCCAGACAAGUUUUAUCAAUUUGGAACAGCAAUUCGUGUAAACAAUGGGUACUUGAAGAGUCUCUAUGAUACUUAUCAUGAUCCCGUGGAUAGAUUCACUGAUGUUUUAAAUAGAUGGAAAGACAAUGAUCCAGAUACAUACACAUGGAGUACUGUUAUAAAGGUAAUUCAGUCUGAUGCAAUUGGAGCUUAUGCAAUAGCUCAUGACAUUAUUGAGUAUCUAAAGCAGAAGUGACAGUGUAUGCUUUGAGCUAUACUAAUUGACAAUAACAUAGCUAUUGCCAUACAUAAUGCUCAUUUUUUUAAUUAUGAUAGUGUAGUCUAUGAGUGUAUUUGAUCUUAAAAUAUUGUUUAGCUGAUAAGGAAUAGACAAUACAAA